CCGGAUGUGAGUGGAGCGGCCAUUUCCUGUUUCUCUGCAGUUUUCCUCCGUUUUGGGUGGUGGCUGCUGCCGGGCUGGUGCCUGCCGUCGGCGGAGGGGGCGAAGGCGGCGUGGACGAGUGACUCCGGCAUCCCGCGCCGCCGGAGUGUAGCCGCGCGCCGGUGCGCCCGCUCGCCCUCCCGCCCGCUUCCCGCCUCAGCGUCCGGCCGCCGCCGCCGCGGCCCAGCGAGCGGCCCCGAUGCAGGCCAUCAAGUGUGUGGUGGUGGGAGACGGAGCUGUGGGUAAAACCUGCCUGCUGAUCAGCUACACGACCAAUGCCUUCCCCGGAGAGUACAUCCCCACCGUCUUUGACAACUACUCUGCCAAUGUUAUGGUAGAUGGAAAACCGGUGAAUCUGGGCCUAUGGGAUACAGCUGGACAAGAAGAUUACGACCGAUUACGCCCCCUGUCCUACCCACAAACAGUUGGAGAAGCGUACGGUAAGGAUAUUGCCGCCAGGGGCACAGACAAGCCGAUUGCCGAUGUCUUCCUAAUUUGCUUUUCCCUUGUGAGUCCUGCAUCAUUUGAAAACGUCCGUGCAAAGUGGUACCCUGAGGUGCGACACCACUGUCCCAACACGCCCAUCAUCCUUGUGGGGACGAAGCUGGAUCUUAGGGAUGAUAAAGACACGAUCGAGAAGCUGAAGGAGAAGAAGCUGACCCCCAUCACCUAUCCCCAGGGCUUGGCCAUGGCCAAGGAGAUCGGUGCCGUCAAGUACCUGGAGUGCUCGGCGCUCACGCAGCGAGGCCUCAAGACGGUGUUCGACGAGGCCAUCCGCGCCGUCCUCUGCCCGCCCCCCGUCAAGAAGAGGAAGAGAAAGUGCCUGCUGCUCUGAAGGCCCGCGCCCGCCCCAGCCCUCGUCCGCUUUGCUGACACACGCUGGAGCCUUCGCACUCAAUGCCAAGUUUUUGUUACAGAUUAAUUUUUCCAUAAACCGUUUUGAACCAAUCAGUAAUUUUAAGGUUUUGUUUUAAAUGUAAGAGUUCAGACUCACCUUCUAUUAAAAUUUAGCCCUAAAAUGACAA